CCAACAGCGAACACAAAAUAAGCGAAUUUUAUAAAUAUUGAAUGAAAUUGUUAGAUUAAGGCAAAAAUGUCAGCUGAUGUACGUGAUAUUUUAGACAUAGAGCGUGCCAAUACGCCCGAAAUAACCCGAGACUCAUUCCUUGCCACGAAAAAACGUAAUUUUGAGCGUACAAAACAUGCUUCCCGGCGUCCGGAAGGAAUGCACCGCGAAGUCUUCGCGCUUCUGUACACAGACAAGAAAGAUGCGCCUCCUUUGCUACCGACAGACACUGCACUGGGCAUCGGUGCGGGCUAUAAACAAAACAAAGCACGGCUGGGCAUGAAAAAGGUGCGCAAAUGGGAAUGGGCACCUUUCUCGAAUCCCGCUCGUAACGAUGCUGCUGUCUUUCAUCAUUGGAAACGUGUCAGCGAUGACUCCACAGACUAUCCGUUUGCUAAAUUCAAUAAGCAAUUGGAAAUACCCACAUACACCAUGACCGAAUAUAACGCGCACCUGCGAAAUAAUAUCCAAAACUGGAGCAAGGUGCAAACGGAUCAUUUGUUUGAUCUAGCUAGACGCUUCGAUUUGCGCUUCAUUGUUAUGGCGGAUCGCUGGAAUCGCCAGCAGCAUGGUAUUAAAACCGUAGAGGAGCUCAAGGAGCGGUACUAUGAAGUAAUUUCACUGUUGUCCAAGGCCAAGAAUCAGUCCGUUGAGAAGAAAACAUUCGUAUACGAUAUCGAGCACGAGCGUCGUCGAAAGGAACAACUAGAGAAGCUCUUCAAGCGCACCACACAACAGGUAGAAGAGGAGCAAAUGCUGAUCAAUGAGAUGAAGAAAAUCGAGGCGCGCAAAAAGGAACGCGAACGUAAAACUCAAGAUCUGCAAAAACUGAUUUCCCAAGCAGAUCAACAAAACGAGCAUACGACCAACACGCCAAGCACACGCAAAUACGAAAAGAAACUGCACAAGAAGAAGGUGCACCAUCAGCCACGACCCUCCAAAGUGGAUUCGGUGGUGAACGCCAUCGAAAUUGGCAGCAGCGGCAUCAAAUUUGCCGAUCUACGCGGCUCUGGUGUAUCGCUGCGUUCGCAAAAGAUGAAACUGCCCGCCAAUAUAGGACAGCGUAAGGUGAAAGCGCUGGAGCAGGCCAUACAGGAGUUCAAAGUUGAUCCCGCACCACCACCCACUGAGGAAAUAUGCACUUCCUUUAAUGAGCUGCGUUCGGAUAUGGUUUUGCUCUGCGAACUGCGCACUGCGCUCUCCACCUGCAUCUAUGAAAUGGAGAGCUUGAAGCACCAAUACGAGGCUGCCUGUCCGGGCAAGACGCUCAAUAUACCGCCCUCUUUGGUGCCCAUAAAGAGCGAAACUUUGGAGCCCAAUGCAAACUAGGCGAAAAGGCAGCUAAGUCCGCGGAAGAUAAUGCGCACGUCUCACUAAUCAGCGCACGGACAAUAACAAGAGUUGCACUUAACCCGUUUGCCACUCGCUAUAUUUGUGCAUGUGCGCUACUCCCAGUCUAGUUGGUAGAAUAAAUAGAAAAAA